UAGUACAGUUUGGUACAGUGUAAUAUGUAUAAUGGGAAAAUGGCAGUUGCGCGCAAUUGUCUGUUUAUAUUUAUCCUUUGUUUUUUCGUGGAUUAUUAACUGACCUUGGAAUAAGAGUGUUAAAUUUUGGAACUGCGGAAGAAGUCCAGAAUAGGCAUCAUCGAAUAAAAUCAUCCGCACUGAGGAAGUUCAAUAUUGAGGACACUUACAAUCGCUAUUGAUAAAAACGAAGAAUUCAGGACUAAUUGUGAAAAUUACUUGAGACAUCUGAUUAUCAUUAUUUUAGUAACCCGUUGAGAGCCUUAUAACAAUGAAGGAAAAUCGGAUAGUUUAGAUUUUUCACUUGGAAGUUCGUGUUUUUGUUUUGUAACCUAGACGUGGCACACGAAACUUCUCGAAACUUUUGCAGCCAACUGUCAAGCUUUGUUUGUCAACAUUGUAACAUCGUCAUGUCAUGUUCCCACUGAGAAUCAAAAGCAAAAGAAUCAGGAUUAUGGCAGAUGAGGUGCUGCCAGCCAGCCUAGAAAAGCUUGAAAUUGAUCGACUGUCAACGAGUUGUCCGCAAAGCAGAAACAGCAGUGGAAGUGUAGAGGAAUCAAAGUCUUCAAAUCCCUUCCGUUCAAACGGCCGUAAUAAAAAAUCAGACACAAAUUAUUUAUUCAGAAGAAAAUCAAUGCCGAAUCGAGCAACGCCGAAUUUCAUCAGUCCACGGGGUGUUAAAUCAACAACGAACUUUAAACCAUCAAAAAGUGAUAAAAUCAUCGAUCAGCCAAAAAAGAAUUGUAUAAUAAGAGAAGCUGUUUUAAAAUUCAAUGACAAUGGGAGUACAAAUAUAUUGUGUGAAUCAAUUGCAAGUAAAAUGCUGAAAGAAACAUGUAAAAUCAGUAUUUCGAACAGACGAAAAAAAAACACACGUACAUUUGGCCAUGGCUCUGUGACAAAAGACUUUAAAGCACUCAAUAUUAAUAACGAACGGAUAGUUAAAGAUGAUACGAGUUUGAAUGAAAGUUAUAGUUCUAAUAGUUUUAAACGCGCUAGAAGCAAUACGAUGCCGAGUUUGAAGAGCGCUCCGGGUGGUGGUAUGAGUAAUAAUAGUAAUGAAUCAACUUCAUCAACAUCUGGCCAAUCGACAAGCACAAAUACAUGCUCAGUGCAAGCGAGAAUAUCACCACCAUUAUCUUGUGACGUUACCAUCGAUGAACUUGCAAGUUACUUUGAAGAAUUCGUUCAUAUCCCAAAGAAGAUGUCGCAUAUGGCCGAAAUGAUGUACAUAUAAUCCACCAUGUAUUAUGUACUACUUAUUUUCAUUUCUCAUAAUACUUAUUUACUUCCAUCGAUUAUAAAUCAUUUGCGCAGAAAAAAAUUUAAUCUCAAUCAUUUAUCGUUCCCUCUGUAGCAUAUCUAUUCCAUUGUAAAACAUUUGCACUUAACGGAAAAAAAUUCAUUCAGUUAUUUUACAUUGAUUAUCUAAGAUUAUUUCAAUCAAUUAUUUUUAAUGCACUCCGUAUAAUUUCAUUAUAAUAUUGAUGGCACGAUACUGCAUGUCGCCUCAUAUUUGAAAACCAUUUGUAUUUUUUAAGAAGGAAAAAAAAUGUUGUUGAAGGAAAUUGAAGAUAAUUGAUUUGUCCGUCAUUGAAAGGCUCAAUUCUAUCGAAAUAAUGAUGAAUUGUCUGUAAAAUUGUCAUGAUUGGUUGAAGUAUCAUACAUAAUAUAUUUAAAUAUUUAAUUUGCAUAAGCAUUUUACGACAAUGGUAGGUAAUUGAUACAGCGAUAUACAAAGUAAUCAUUAAAUUACUUUACGAAUACAGUAAUAAGCUUUGGUACAUGAACAAUCGUGAUGAACAAUCGUAUUCUCUAUGAAUUAUUUGUUUCUUUGUCAAUUUAUCAGGAAAUAUAUUCUGUUUAUUAUCAUCGAACCGUGUGUAAUGGCAAAUUAUGGAUUGGUUCUGACGACAAUUGAUCCUUGAAUAAAAAUAUUCCUUCUUUUCUACUCUUCGCUUCAGUGCGGAAAAUAUUCUGGUGAAUCAGUAAUGAUGAGAUCAUCUGGACGUCAAUGUCAUGGGGCCCGUACAAUUUGAAAAUUCAGUAUCAAAACUUUGAGGUGUGUUUGCGCUAUAUCACAGAUUUGGUGAAAUUUUUCUUAUGCCGAGCCUCACGACAUUUUACAAACUUUUACUCUGUUAUUUUUAUAUUUUUCUUUUGCGGAAAAAAGUGAUAAAAUUGCUAAAUUGAUAUAGAUACAGAUGUUUAUUCUGUAUUUUUCGUGGAAUUUAAUUUAAGGAAAGUCGCAGGGCGAACAAAAUUAUGGCAUGAUACUGAUUAUCUUGGCACGCGAGUCGAAAAUUUUCAGUCAAAUGCAUACAAACUCAAGGAUCAUCAUUGUUUAUCCUUCAGUUAAAUUUUUAUUUCAACGUACGGCACAAUUGUAUCCCUCGAAUAGUGCUAGCACUUUCACAUUAAUUGUCACACUCUAUUUUGCCUGUUUCAUCAAAAUUCAAAGGUCACAACGAUGAAUUGUCGACAUGGCUAGAUAGGUGAUCUGUCAAUCACCGAGUAUUAAACGGGGCUAAAAUCUCUUAUACCUUGAUAUCAGUGCGGCUCAUAUAUGGAUAACGUUUCAAUUGGUAUAAAAACUCUUAUAGAAAAAAGUUGUUGGACGUACACUCUACAAACUAAUUACUUUUUUUAAAAAAAACCAUGACAAUGGCUACUUCACAAUGUCAAAGAUGGAAAUUGCAUUUGUUUUUCCCUAUCAUCGAUGAAAUGGAAAAUAUUGUUAAGAUUAUCUUAGUGUUCUAACAACUGUAAAAUUUCCGAUGAAUAUGUGAUAUUUAACCGGGAGACUUUACUGGUAAACUAUCUGCAGCAGAGUCUUUGUAUCUAUCAAACAUUUUUCCCUCAUUUCUUAUGUAUGAUCUCCAUUCCAAAGAGAAUUCUACUUACAAACUACUUCACUACGAAAAUUUACAAUUUUCCUCUUAGUCACUUCGCAGAUAUAACAUCUUUAUCUUAAUUCCAAACUCAUUAAUUUCUUAUUUAUUUUUUCCAUCUUCUCUCGAGGCUGGUUGCAAGAAUUUUCCCUAAACAUAAUAUUUCGAGGAUGAAAAGACUAAUAUGAAUUUAAUUGCAGGUACAUUCUGCAGGUAAAAUCUCGACGAAUUGAGACUGAAGAGUCAUUUGCCGCGAUGGCUUACGUUGCUAGCACUCUUUUAAUUCGAAUAAUUUAUAUAGCUAUCAUUGAAAUGCGAACAUAAAUGCAUUAAGGUCAAGUGUGAAGAAAAUCACAGGAAUUUAACGUAUUUAAUUAUUACUGACAGCUGAUUACUGGAGGCGACGGCGACGUGAAAGCGGAUAAAAUGCAUUGAAUGCGCUCUGGUGGGCUUCAGAAUUUUUUCUCUCAUUGCUACCUAAUCUCAUUUGGAAGUAUCUCAGUUAAAUUCCAUUUGUAUAAAUUGAUCAAAUUCAUUGUGACUAAUCAUACUUCGUGUAUUCCACGAGUAUUUUGAAAAUCUCCCCAAAUUGCUGAAUCUAUAUAAAAAUUUUGGCGGUAGUCAGCUGUAAAA